ACGGCCUCCCGCACCAUGUUUUACGGAUCCUCCUCCACCAUGGCUCCGCCGUCCAAGAACCGGCUGAAGCGCCAGAGCCGCCUCCUGUCCCAGGUCCUGCAGCGCACGCUGAGCUACAAGGACCGGAGCCCCACCUCGGCUUCCCCCGCAGGCAGCGGGGACGACCCGGCCGAGCUCUCCACCCAGCUCUCCGCCCCGGGCGUCCUGAAGAUUUUCGGGGGCAACAUCUGCGCGGGCACCAACUACAAGAGCGUGUUGGCCACGGGCAGCUCGGGCGCACGGGAGCUGGUGAAGGAGGCCCUGGAGCGCUACGGGCUGAGCCAGCUGGGCGCCGGGCACUACGCGCUGUGCGAUGUCAUCGGCAGGUUCGAGGGCCCCGAGAAGCGGUGGCACACCGAGGGGCUCAGGGUCCUCGGGGACCACGAGAAGCCGCUGCUCAUCCAGGACCUCUGGAAGCCCAGGGAGGGCUUCUCGCGGCGGCUGGAGCUGCGCAGGCGGGCGGAGGUGGAGGAGAUGGCGGCCAGGGAUGUGGACACCACCACGGCAGGCAUCAACGCCCAAGCGCGGAAACUGCAGCGGCACCGGGCCAGGGGGGCCAUGCGGGUGCUGGCGGGGGCUAAGCGGCUCAGCACCCCCCCGGCCCUGCGACGCAGCCUCAGCGAGAGCAGCCUGGGCCGCCCGGCGUCGCGGGACGAGGAGCAGCUCCGCAGGCACUGCUCCACCUUGCCCGACAGCCUGCGGGGUCCGGCCAGCCCGCGGGGGCCCGCGGCGGAGGAGCGGAGCGGGAGCAGCAUGCGGUACUCCCUCUACCAGUCCCCGCACCUCCUGCUCCUGCAGGGCUACAGCCAGCAGCAUGACAGCCUGGUGUACCUGCUGAACCGCGAGCAGCACACGGUGGGCCAGAGGACGCAGGCGAGCAAGCCCAGCAUCAGCCUGUCGGCCCCGGACAUCCUGCCCCUGCACUGCACCAUCAGGAAGCUCCGAGCAUCCCGGCACCGCUCCGAGGAGCAGCUGGUGCUGGAGCCCAGCGCCGGCGCCGGCGUCUCCAUCAACUUCUGCCAGGUGGCCCGGACGGCCGUGCUGCGGCACGGGGACCUGCUGUCCCUCGGCCUCUACUACCUGCUCCUCUACAAGGACCCCAUGAAGGCUCAGCCUCUGCCGGCGCAGACCCUGCUGCGGCUGCGGGCGCUGCACCCCGAGGGCCCCCCCAUCUGCGGGGCGUGCGGCAGCCUGCUGAAGGAACGGGGUUUUUCGGGGGCUCCUUCCAAAAAACGGGGCCCUUCGCCCACCGGCGGCCCCAGGGCUCCCCGCAGAAAGCUGCUGCUGGAGUUCGAGCCGGCGGCCGAGGACGUGCUGCUGCGGCGCAUCGUGACCCUGAUUGAGCCGGGGGGGGACGACCACAAGCUGACCCCCGCCUUCCUGAUCUGCCUCUGCAUCCAGCACUCGGCCUCCAGCUUCGAGCCCGGAGACUUCGGGCAGCUGCUGCUCAAAGCGGCCAAAAUGAUCCAGAGGACGGUGUGGGAGCGGACGCGGGAGCUGGCUGAGAAGCAGUCCCAGCACCAGGACCCCGCCGCCCUGUCCCGCUUGGGCAUCGCAGACCUGCUGCCGGACCUGCAGCACAUCCUCUUCUGGAUGUCCAACGCCAUCGAGGUCCUCUACUUCGUCCAGCAGAAGUCGCCCACCUACAUCCAGAGCAUGGAGGAGGAGCUGGACGUCAAAGGCUCCAAGGAGUCUCUGUUCUCCUCGACCAUCACAGCCAGCGAGGAGGCGAUGACGGUGCUGGAGGAGGUGAUCAUGUACACCUUCCAGCAGUGCGUCUACUACAUCUCCAAGUGUCUGUACGUGUCGCUGCCGGCCCUGCUGGAGUGCAACCCCUUCCAGAACGAGGGCCGGGAGGGCUGGCGGGCGUCCCCGCCGCUGCCCGAGGAGCUGCGCAGGGUGGUGCUGACCUACCAGGCUGUGCUGGACCUGCUCCGCCAGUACGAAGUGCACCCCGAGAUCACCUCCCAGAUGUUCGCCUACCUCUUCUUCUUCUCCAACACGCUGCUCUUCAACCAGCUCCUGGACAAGGGCUCCUCUCUUGGCUGCUUCCACUGGUCGCAGGGGGUGAAGCUGCGAGCCAGCGUGCGGCUGCUCCUCGAGUGGCUGCGCGGCGCCGGCUUCGAGCAGCUGGCCCAGCAGUUCUUCGCCAAGCUGGCCAGCGUGGCCAACCUGCUGGCCAUGCCCGGCUCCCAGCUGCUGCAGAUGAGCUGGCCGGCCCUGCGAGCCGAGUUCCCGGCGCUGAGCCCCGCGCAGCUCCACUGGGUGCUGAGCCAGUGCCAGGCGGUGAUGGACGUGGGCUUCGUCGCGGCGUGGCAGCCCGGCGAGGAGGACAGCACGACCGCCUUCCAGCACGAGGGGAUGCUGGAGUCCUUCGACAACCACCCGCCCAUCGUCCUGCCCAGCGGGGGCUUCAAGGUGGACCUGGAGGUGGAGACGCUGGACGAUAACAUCUACCGGCACCUCCUCUACAUCCGCCACUUCCUCUGGAGCCUGCAGAGCAAGAGCCCCCAGGGCGGGGAAGGGCCAGGCGCAGCACCCCCAAAGAAAGAGCCACGCGCAACACCAGAAGUCCUGGAGGAGAACACGAGCCUGGUGGCAGCCCCGGGGAGCAGCACGGUCACCCCGGGGGGCUGCUGCUCCCCAGGGGGCUGCACCGAGCCGGAUGGGAGCCCCCUGCCCGCCCUAGCUGCCAACGGCUGCCCCCGGCAGCACCCCGCCGGCGAGCCGCAGCUCCAGGAGAAGCUCCAGCAGCUGCAGCUGGGCAGGGGCCCGCCCCCCCCGGCCCCCUCCUGCCUGCUGACGCCCCCCACCACCCCUCUGAACUUCGACUCCGCCAGCCCGGAGUCCCCACAGGGCACUGGCAAGACUCUGCAGGACCCGCGGAGGAACGGGAUGAACGGCACCAAAGGCAGCACCCCUGAAGGCUGCUCGCCGACCCCCUACGACUACCCCACGCCGGAAUCCUCCAGCCGCAGCUCUGCCACCGAUGACUUCUGCUACGUCUUCGUGGUGGAGCUGGAGAGAGGGCCCCUGGGGCUGGGGAUGGGGCUGAUCGACGGCUUGCACACGCCUCUCACCUCUCCCGGCAUCUACAUCCGCACCCUGAUCGAGGACAGCCCCGCGGCUGCCGACGGCAGGCUCUCCAUCGGGGACCGCAUCCUGGCUGUCAACGGCACCAGCCUCAUCGGGGCGGACUACCAGAGUGCAGUGGACCUCAUCCGCUCCGGAGGGAAGAAGCUGCGGUUUCUGGUCGCCAAGUCAGACAUGGAAAUAGCAAAGAAAAUCAUCUCCAGCUCCUCUUCCUCUUAGUUCUGGUG